UUUGGGUAAUUUUGGGUCUUUGUCCUGAUGGCCGUCUCCUUUUCUCGACGAAGUCCUCUAACAGGUGAAUGAAGUAUUCAAUGAAUCAUAUGCCAUUCCUGGGAAAAGCAAACGAGCCGAGGAGCUCACCGUCAACGUCAGCUGCCGACGACAGACAUGUGCCGCAUCGGAGAAGGCUGCCGCCAGCUCAUCAGCUGGGUCUUCAGCAGGCCAGCUGGGUCUUCAGCAAGCCCCCGCCGUGGUUCCGCCAUCUCUGCUCCCGCCUGCCCUCGCCCUUCAGCACCGCCACGCCCCAGUACGACAUGACCCUUCCCUGCAAAGCGAGAAGGCCACGAAGACCGGCGGCAAAUGGGGAUUCCCAUCCGCUUUCCUUGAAGACAAGGGCGAGAUGGCAGCCGGCAUCGGCGCGCUCAUCAUCAGAGCACGGAGGAGGGAGGGGCCACAGGAGGGGAAGGAGGUGGCGCUGCGGAUGCGCCCCAAAAGGGAGAUACGGGAGGGCGAGGGCGAGGCGGAUUUCAUGGAGGAGGUGCAAAACGAGAUAAGGGCGCUGGAGGGGGCGAGGGAUCUGGACGGGGUCAUCAACUUGCACGCUGUAAGUAACACUCACUGGUACGGAAAGCAAAGCACAAAGGAGAGCGAGCGUUGCUUGUGUGUUUGAACGUUCAAUGUGUGUGUUGUGUCUAGGCCUACCACUUCGCAUACAUAACCUACUUAGAGAUGGAGUUACUGUCGGCAGAGAGGCCCCUGAGCCGGCUCGCCAGCCGGCACCUCGACAGCGAGGGCCGGUCGGUGCUUUCGGAGACCCAGGCGGUCGAGUGGAUGGCGCCCGUGGCUGACACCUACGCCAAGCUUCUGGAGCGAGGCAUAGACCACGGGUUAGUCCCUUGGUGGGAUGACUGAAUGAAUGCCCUCCAGCUGAGCUGCCCUCUCUCUGUCUGGUUGAUGUGUGCAGCGACCUACACCUCGACAACAUUCAGUACGAUCACCAAGGGCAGGCCAAGUUGAUUGAUGUUGAGCAGGCACAGCUCUACGACCCCCAGCACGUUAGCAGGAUUGAUGGAUAGAUGGAUGGAUGCAUCACUCUGUUCUCUCUAUCUGUGCGCGUCAUCUGAUACAUGUAUUACUAUGCAGACCCGGCUGCUCAGCACAGGGCCCAACCCGAAAGGCGUGCGCUACUUCCAGGCCUCGAGGUCAGCUGCACCGCACGUGGGCAGUUAGUUCAGCCGAUGUGUAGACUACCCAUCUGUCUCCCCAAUAUAUACAUUGUGUCUCCCUGCCUGUUGCCUGCUGUGCAGACGUACAGCCCCCACCGUCUGUUCGACCCAGACAAGGCGACGGUCUAUGCCGUGGGGCGGAUGGUGCGGAUGUUGCUGGAGUACGGCCACGAUCCAGCGACCCUCGACCCUCUGUCGGCACCGGUGAGUGAGGGAGCGCGGGGAACCGGUCAGACGUGUGUCUGUUGCUGGAUGGAUCUUUUCGCUGCAGUUUGGUCCGAGCCCGCUCCGCCGCAAUGUGUCGCCCACGGCAGCCGACCUCAUAAACCGCACGACGGCCAUGAGCCCCUCUGCGAGGCCGACCAUGGCGGAAGUGCUGGCGCACCCAUGGUACACACACACAGAAAGACAGACACACACACACACACACGAGAGAGAGAGAGAGAGAGAGAGAGGGAGAGAGAGACAGGAAGUAGCAUACACGAAAGCUUACACAUAAUUCAUUAGGAGCGCUCCUGUGUGUGUUCCCUAUGUGCAGGUUCCGCCAGGGCGCCGUGGCCCCCCCGUACGCCACGCCAACCCAGCUGCCCCAUCACCCAUCAGCACUUUCGUGACGCCACUGAUGCCCGUCCCCGCCGCGCCCCUCCCCAUGAGGCUGCCCGCACCAGCUGCCGCUUGCACACAUGUACCCAUCCCCACUCGAGUGGCCGCCCCUCUCGCAUUCCCCUGCCGCGCCCAGGUCCAUCCGCUGCCGAUCGCGCACAUGCCGCCGACGAUGGUCGGCAUAGUCCGAGCCUAGGCAUGGUGACUGGCGCUCUCCUCGCCCCCAGAGCAGAGAGGAGGAGCAGAGAGGAGGACGAAGCCCACUAGACCCCGAAGAGGAGCAAGGCAGAGCGGAGGGAAUGAUGGCGUGUGUUGGACGCGGGGAGGGUGGAAAGGUGGGUGGUUUUUGAGAGACAGACGCUUGUUGAGCUUGAGAGAGUGAGAUGUUUGUGUCGGGCGGUCGAUGGAUGGGUUGAUAGGAUCUUUGUUUGGGAUCCCCCAUGAUUGAGUUGGUGAUUUCUCGGCUGUUUCUGCUCCUUUUCGGAUGAGCGAGCGUGUAUCGGACUACA